AAAGCGAAAAUAGCGGAUAUUACUUUAAAUUAUCAUAUCAGCAGUGAUUAUUCAAUUAAUAUUCCCCCAAAUACAACAGUCGCCAUCCUUAAAAACAUGAUUAGAAAUAACGUUCCUUUUACCGAUUUUGAUCUCUACAUAAAUGAUACCGCUCGAGAAUAA